GCACCCUUACGCUCCGUGGGGCCAUGGCUUCCUUCCGCGACAAGCAGUGGAGCAACAUGUGCAAGAAGGGCGACCUCACAGAGGUUCUCCUUAACAAGGAGUCGAUGGAUGAAGUUCGGCGCAUGUGCAAGGUGCUGGCACCCUUCUUCGCCAUGUACGACGCCAACGGCGACAAUGCCAUAGACUUCGAGGAGUUCCGCAUGAUCUUCAAGGAUGUUGGUGAGAACCUCUCCCGGGAAGCGCAGUACGCAAUGUUCGACGCAGCAGACACAAACAAGAGCAGCGACAUCAGCUUCGAGGUUGCGGGUGGCUACCAUGGACCUGUGCCGAGUCGAUAUGAGGAGGAGGAGGUGGGGUCACUGAAGUGGCUGCUGAAGGAGGCUGAGGUGACUUGGUACGAGCACGAGCCGGCACAUCAGCGCACCAGAGAGGCGGUAAAGAAAGAGGACCUUGACGGCUGCAUGCAGGAAUACAUGGUCCAGCAGCGCUUCUCCGAGCGCGUCAGCCUCCGGAGGCGUGUGGAGGUGAUCCACAAGGGUGGAUCUCCGGAAAUCCAGGAAUCCUGUGCAGCCCUGGCGAGGGGCUGCUGUGCGCUGCCGCUGCUAACCUGCGCUGCUGGCAUACGGGCUGUCGCGGAGCCGAUACGAACGUGCUGGGCCGAAGGAGUCCAGCAGUGCAGUCGGAUGGCCGAGGCAGAGGCACAGUCGGAGAGGCUCGGCCUCUCCCCAGCGCACGGAGUCCAAGGUGCACAGCUGCCGAAUUGA